AUGAAUGAGACCGACCCUAAGAGUAUCAUCAACAGGAUCUGUACCCAGAUGACGCGAAGCUCCCUGCAGGGAGUGGUGUUCGGUGAUGAUACCGACCAGGAGGCCAUCGCCCAGAUCCUGGACUUCAUCUCAGCCCAGACACACACCCCCAUCUUGGGCAUCAGGGGAGGAUCCGCCAUGGUCAUGGCUGCCAAGGACGACCACUCCAUGUUUUUUCAGUUCGGUCCAUCCAUCGAGCAGCAGGCAUCUGUCAUGCUGAACAUCAUGGAGGAAUAUGACUGGUAUAUCUUCUCCAUCGUCACCACAUACUACCCAGGGUACCAGGACUUUGUCAACAAGAUCCGUAGCACAAUUGAGAACAGCUUUGUGGGCUGGGAGCUGGAAGAAGUCCUUUUACUGGACAUGUCAGAGGACGAUGGAGAUUCAAAGAUUCAGAACCAGAUGAAGAAGCUGCAGAGCCCCGUCAUUCUGCUGUACUGCACCAAGGAGGAGGCCACCACCAUCUUCGAAGUGGCCCACUCUGUAGGCCUGACCGGCUACGGCUACACCUGGAUUGUGCCGAUGCUGGUAACUGGAGAUGCAGAACAUGUACCUGCUGCAUUCCCCAUAGGGCUUAUCUCAGUGUCAUAUGACGAGUGGGACUACGGCAUCGAGGCCAGGGUACGCGAUGCAGUGGCUGUCAUUGCCACGGCAACCUCUACCAUGAUGCUGGACCGGGGGCCACACACCCUACUGAAGUCAAGCUGCCAGGGGCCACCCGACAAAAAGGGCUCCGGCCUCGGCAACUACAACGAAGUGCUGAAGUACGUCAUGAAUGUGACGUUUGAGGGCCGUAACUUGUCCUUCAGCGAGGAUGGCUACCAGAUGUACCCCAAACUGGUUAUCAUUCUGCUGGACAAGGAGGGAAGAUGGGACAGGGUGGGCAAGUGGGAGAGGGGCUCGCUGACGAUGAGGUACCACGUGUGGCCGCGGUUCGAGCUGUACUCGGGGGCGGAGGAACGGGAGGACGACCACCUUUCCAUCGUCACGCUGGAGGAGGCGCCGUUUGUCAUCGUGGAGGACGUGGACCCGCUCAGCGGAACCUGCAUGAGGAACACCGUGCCUUGCCGCAAGCAGCUCAAACUUAUCAAUCAGACGGGCGACUCCGGGAUUUACAUUAAGCGCUGCUGUAAGGGCUUUUGCAUCGACAUCCUGAAGAAGAUCGCCAAGUCAGUCAAGUUCACCUACGACCUCUACCUUGUCACCAACGGCAAGCACGGCAAGAAGAUCAAUGGGACGUGGAACGGCAUGGUGGGCGAGGUGGUGUUGAAGAAUGCCCACAUGGCGGUGGGUUCCCUCACCAUCAACGAGGAGCGGUCCGAGGUCAUUGACUUUUCGGUGCCCUUCAUCGAGACCGGGAUCAGCGUCAUGGUCUCCCGUAGCAACGGGACAGUUUCCCCCUCCGCCUUCCUCGAGCCCUUCAGCGCCGACGUCUGGGUGAUGAUGUUUGUGAUGCUGCUCAUCGUGUCAGCUGUUGCGGUGUUUGUGUUUGAGUACUUUAGCCCUGUGGGCUACAAUCGCUGUCUGGCGGACGGACGAGAGCCGGGUGGUCCAUCUUUCACCAUUGGCAAAGCCGUCUGGCUGCUGUGGGGCCUUGUGUUCAACAACUCCGUGCCGGUGCAGAACCCCAAAGGGACCACCAGUAAAAUCAUGGUGUCUGUGUGGGCCUUCUUCGCCGUCAUCUUCCUGGCCUCCUACACUGCCAACCUGGCUGCCUUUAUGAUCCAGGAGGAGUAUGUCGACCAGGUGUCAGGCCUGUCUGACAAAAAGUUCCAGAAGCCCAAUGACUUCUCACCGCCGUUCCGGUUCGGCACGGUGCCCAACGGGAGCACGGAACGCAACAUCCGCAACAACUACCCGGACAUGCACAGCUACAUGACCAGCUUCCACCAGAAGAAUGUAGACGAGGCCCUGCAGAGUCUGAAGACCGGGAAACUGGACGCCUUCAUCUACGACGCAGCAGUGCUGAACUACAUGGCGGGCAGAGACGAGGGCUGUAAGCUGGUCACCAUCGGUAGCGGAAAGGUGUUUGCCUCCACCGGCUACGGCAUCGCCAUCCAGAAGGACUCGGGCUGGAAGCGAGCCGUGGACCUGGCCAUCCUCAUGCUCUUUGGAGAUGGUGAGAUGGAGGAGCUGGAGGCCUUGUGGCUGACGGGAAUCUGCCACAACGAGAAGAAUGAGGUAAUGAGCAGCCAGCUAGAUGUGGACAACAUGGCGGGGGUCUUUUACAUGCUGGGGGCUGCCAUGGCUCUGUCGCUUAUCACCUUCAUCUGCGAACACUUAUUCUACUGGCAGCUGCGCUUCUGUUUCAUGGGUGUGUGCUCCGGAAAGCCCGGGGCCACCUUCUCCAUCAGCAGGGGUAUAUACAGCUGCAUCCACGGGGUGCAGAUAGAGGAAAAUAAGUCGACCAUAGACUCCCCCUCAGCCACCAUGAACAUGAACAUGAACAACACCCACUCCAACAUCCUUCGGCUGCUCCGAACCGCCAAGGACAUGACCGCCAUCCCGGGCGUCAAUGGCUCGCCGCACGCUGCCCUGGACUACGGCCACGGAGGUCGCGAGGCAACCAUCUACGAUAUCCAGGAGCACCGGCGCAGCCUGGCGGGGCACCCGGUAGAGUGCAAAGUGGCGCCGCCUUAUCUGCCCGAGGACAACAUGUUCAGUGACUACAUCAGCGAGGUGGAGAGGACUUUUGGCAACUUGCCCCUGAAGGACAGCCACCUGUACCAGGACCAUUACCUGCACCACCACCCGGCCUCAGCUCUGGGUAUGUCCGGCCCCCCGCCUAAUAGGCCGCAUAGUUUGGGCAGUGCUAGCUCGUUGGAGGGGGGAGGGUUCGACUGUGACAGCUUAGGGGGAGGGGUAGCACCCAUUUUCACCACCCAGCCCCGCGCCUCCAUGACUCACAGGAACACCAAUAAGUUCGACCUGAUUGCUGGCCAUGCCCAGGCGGGCUCCGGCCAGGGGGGGUUCAAGGGGAACAACGUGUACGGAAGGUUUUCCUUCAAAGGAGGCGCGUCCAGCACUGGGCUCAUCGGGGGUCACGACAGGUUCUGUGGCGGAGGGGGGGGUGGGGGCGGCUCGGGGGGCGAUGACGGGAACGUCCGCUCGGAUGUGUCGGAUAUCUCCACGCACACCGUCACCUAUGGCAACCUGGAGGGCAAUGCCAAGCGGCGUAAGCAGUACAGGGACAGCCUGAAAAAGCGGCCGGCCUCGGCCUCGGCCAAGUGCAGACGGGAGCAGGACGAGGUAGAGCUGGCUGGCUUCAGGAGGAGACCCCACCACCACACCGUCCACCACCACUUCCCCCACGGCCCCCAUGCUCACCGCUCGGCCUCACCGCCCCUGGAGCGAAAGAGGGGGGCAGGGGGGGGUAACUCUUCACCUUACCUGUCACGCAAAGACAAAGAGAACCUGAGGGAUUUAUACGCCGAACAGCUCCGUUCCAAGGAAGGCAAGGCCCCGUGGGAGCAGGAGGGUGGAAGCGGAGGAAGCGGUGUGGGCGGUGGUAGUGGUGGUGGUAUCUGUAAGACCGUAGUGCCCGUGGAAGACUUCUUGAAGGGUAAAAGCAAGAAGUCAGAGGCGAAAGGGGGUGGCAUAGCGGGGGGUGACUGGGAAUGUCGUAACUGCCGUAACUGCGUGCCUCACCACGGGGGAGGUGUGGGUGGAGGGGGCAACUGCCCAGCUAGCGGGGGCGGCGGUGGCAGUCGCCCAAGCUCUGCUUCCUGCAAGAGGUGUGAGUGCUGUAAGAAACAGCCAAGCAACCUUUACAACAUCAGCGAGGACAACCAUGUGGCAUUUAGCGGGGGGAAGGGCAGUGUAGGGGGCAGCCAACUGCAAUCGCAGGCACCGCGGAGGAAGUUAGGGCCGGGUGGGCGGGUCUUGCGGAGGCAGCACUCCUAUGACACAUUUGUGGAUCUGCAAAGGGAGGGGUCGGGUCGCAUGGCCGGGGCAGGUGGUGGGAUGGGGGGACAGCCUCCCCGAAGUGUGAGCUUGAAAGACAAAGACCGCUUUAUGGAGGGCCCCAGCCCUUACGCCCACAUGUUCGAGAGGUACGCAGGUGAGAGGGAGGCGCCCUUCUUUGGUGAGGGUAGCGGAGAGAGGGCAAAAGGAGGCUCCUCGUUUAACUUGUUCCGCGGGGGUGAAAGUGGGUUGCACCGGCGUUCGGUGGGGGAGAGAGACCUGAGGGACAGGGACAGGGCUUUGGUGGGAGGGGGGAGCUGUGGUGGUGGUGGUGCUGGAGGUGGUAGCAGAGGGGCCGGGACUUACUCCUUGUCUAAAUCUCUCUACCCAGAUAAGGUGAACCAGAAUCCCUUCAUCCCAACCUUCGGCGACGACCAGUGUCUAUUACACGGUGCCAAACCGUACUUCAUCAAAAAGCCACAGACGCAGCAGCCGGCAGGGGUGAUGUCCAAUGUCGCCCCCCGGUUCCCCAAAGAGCUUUGUCUGGGUGGGGUAGGAGGUCCUAUAGGGAACCACCAUGGGGGCAAUAAGCUACUCCCGGGUGGCAGGGAGGCGUUGGGCCUGGGGCAGGGACAGAGACCCUUCAACGGGGCCAGCAAUGGACAUGUUUAUGAAAAGCUCUCCAGCAUCGAGUCAGAUGUUUGA